AUGGCCUUGUUGUCAGCGUACAAGGUCGGGCCAGCAGCAGCUGCAGCAGCAGCAGCAGCAGCAGCAGCAGCAGCAGCAGCAGCAGCAGCAGCAGCAGCAGCAAUAGCAGCAGCAGCAGCAGCAGCAGCAGCAGCAGCAGCAGCAGCAGCAGCAGCAGCAGCAGCAGCAGCAGCAGCAGCAGCAGCAGCAGCGACGACAGCGCCAAGCCCCCACGUCUCAGCAGCUCCAUUUCUGGUCUGCCGGGCGUGGGGCAUCUGGGGGGUCUAG